ACGCUGACGUGAUUUUGUCCGCGUUGGAACCGGGGCGGCCGUGGCGAGCGUGACGUGGCAGAGAACGAGCGAGAGAGGUUCCCCGGUCACAGAGCAGCCGCCGCCGCCUGCGCCUUCUAAGUCGGCGCCUCCGGGUGAGCCCCGCAGCCUGCCUCCUCGCUCGCGGAGGGAUCCGUGAGCGCAGAUAGGCGCCGGGCCGCGCUCCCCCUCCCUCCCCGCCCGCCUGCUCGCCUCCCGCUGCCUGCGCCGCCGCCCAGCCCCGCGCCGGAGCCGCCAUGGGCCUCACCAUCUCCUCGCUCUUCUCACGCCUCUUCGGCAAGAAGCAGAUGCGCAUCCUCAUGGUUGGUUUGGAUGCUGCUGGUAAGACAACUAUUCUGUAUAAACUGAAACUAGGAGAAAUUGUCACCACAAUUCCCACUAUUGGUUUUAAUGUGGAAACAGUAGAAUAUAAAAACAUUUGUUUCACAGUUUGGGAUGUUGGUGGUCAAGAUAAAAUUAGACCUCUUUGGAGGCAUUAUUUCCAAAACACACAGGGCCUCAUUUUUGUGGUAGACAGCAAUGACAGAGAGAGAAUCCAGGAAGCAGCAGAAGAGCUGCAGAAAAUGCUUCAGGAGGAUGAGCUGCGAGAUGCAGUGCUGCUUCUGUUUGCAAACAAACAAGAUCUGCCAAAUGCCAUGGCAAUCAGUGAAAUGACAGAUAAACUAGGUCUUCAGUCUCUGCGUAACAGAACUUGGUAUGUCCAGGCUACCUGUGCUACACAAGGAACUGGUCUGUAUGAGGGACUUGACUGGCUGUCAAAUGAACUCUCAAAACGCUAACUCAAACUGGAUGACUCUUUCACCAGGGACAUGUUUGAUAUAAGUGGUCUAGGCUUGUUACAACAAAAUUAGUUUGCAUCUUGGUUAUUACAGUAUCUGGAACUGAUAUUUGGGCAGGAUAUUACAGCGUUUCAACUUAUUUUGUUGCCAAUUAUUGUUUACCGAGCUACAUGUUGCAAAGGUAGCAAUAUGCUUGGGUAAAAAUCUCCUUAACUUGGAAAAAGUGUAUCUUCUGAUUUUAUUCCCCUUGUUAGCCUAAAUGCCUGAAUAUAGUUAUUGUGACAUCUUAAAGAUCUGUUUUGAAUACUCUUUUGAGCCCCAAUAAAUUAAUGUUUUAAUUUUUUUUUCUCCCUGCUACUUUUAGUUUACUGAUGCCCUGUUUCAUUCCUCAGACAGUCUGCUGAUUUAAAAAUGUAGCAUUCCGUAUGUAUUUAUUUCUCUCCCUUGCCAAAAAGAACUCCUAAUACUGCUUGUUCCAGCCAAGGAAAUGCUCUAAAACACUAUACAAAUCUACUGCACUGAGGAACAUUUUAUUAAUCCUUGGGUUCUGUCAGCCCAACUUGCCUUUGUGUGAAUUGGAUUUGAUGGGUAGAAUAGUUCUGUGCUGGUUGCGAAGAGCUCAUGUUGAGGUUGUUUUUAAUAUUCAGCAGAUUGUCUUCCUUUAUAUUGUAUCUUUUUUUUAUGUUGCAUGUUGCUUUUUGGUAUCAGCCUGACUAUUUUUGCCCAGUGUAUAAUAGUUCCGCUGAAGUUUUACUGUUUGUUGGUGAACAUAUCUUCAUAAAGAAAUUUUGGAAAAUUCAUCAAACUCAAUGGAUUAGUUUCUUCAUAACCCACUUGGAAUUAUUCCUAAUAAAAUGAUAAAAUGUAUGGUUCUGUGUAUGCUCUUCUUGAUUCCUGAAAUAGUUUAACUGCAAGUUAUCACUUAAUCUUUUUCCAUAUACUGAGCUUUCCUGCAGCUUGAAUGUGAACGUCAGUCUUAGAUUUUCACUUAUUUGGAGCUGUGUAGAGCGGGACAUGGAAGGUGGGCAACAAAGUUGUAUACAGUGUAGUAGAGUAGCUGUUAUCAAGGCUUAGAUAAUUCUGUAAGGUCUUUUGAAGUUGUAAAUCUAAAAUUCCUUUUUAAGAUGUCCAAAUAUGAAAAUACUAACAGUUAUUAAAAUUGCAAUAAAACAAAUAGAAGCUGCCUGAAAA